UACAGAGCGAACUGCACAUAUGUUUUGUACGCCGACGCAGAUGUGAAUGUUUGGGAAAAUCAGAAAAUGAGAAAAUUCCUCUCUCAUGAGAAUGUUAGAAAAACCUGGUCCUGUGAGUUAUUGUUGUUAUGUGCUUUCUGUAGUUGGCAUUUACGUUUUUGGCUAGACUAAAAAUUUUAAUUAGAAACAAAAUAUUUUGCUAAAAUAAUUGUGUGAACUGUGAUCUGAUUGUUCUUUACUUGUGCAAUGUUUUCCGAUCUACGUGUGCAUAAAAUCCGAUCGUGUUUAUAAAAAUUGGCUAAACCAACCAAAUGUUUAUUUUGAAUGACCUAUUUUUGACCAAGAAAAAACAAUAUUCGAAAAUCUUCUAUGAGUGGUUCCGAUGGACUGGUCACUUGUGUCGGCGGAUGCAAUUCGGAGCUAUUUAAUAGCCGACGUGUUCAUCGCCCCAUUGUAAAUACUUAUGUGGAUACAAUCCAUUUACAUGAUACAACUCAAGGUGUAUCUGGGAAGUCUGAGCUCUGUUCGACUGGACAAAAUCGUUUGCCUAUGGUUAAUGUACCAAAUGUUAAAAAGUCGAGGAAACGCCGCGAUAGAAGGUUGUCCGGUACUCCUAAUGUUACCACUAUCAGAAUUGAUAAUGAUUCUGACGAGGAUGAAACACCGAAAUCUAGACCAUUGUCACGACGAUUUAUGUUUUGGUUUUGUGGUAUAUUAAUUAUUAUCGUUGGUGCUGCAGCACUACUAUACGCAAUCAUUACAGUGUGCAAAUCAAUGGAUAAAGUAACAAAAUUCAUCCAAACGGUAGAUACAAAAGGAAUGCUUACGGAAUCUUGGAGAACGAAAGAUUUCAUGGAAAAGUCGAAGAAAAGUAACUGGAUGUAAUCUUGCUGCUUGGGAUAGAUAUUAUAUUUGGAAAAUUCUUCCAUGUUAAUCUGUACGAGUUAAUUAUUCGAGCAACCUUUUACCAUCUAUUUAUAGAAUUGCAUUCAAUAUUGUGACGACGCUGUACUUGUGUACGUGUGACGAUUUCUAUAUGUUAAUUCAAUUUUAUGCGACGUGACGGACUGUUCGUUUUUUUUUUCGUUUUUCAUUUUACUCCAUUACACCUAACAUUUGUAGCGAUAUAAGACAGAAUUUUGUACGAUUAUUUAUUUUUAUAUCCCUUUGCGGUAAGAAUUCCUUUGUAAGUAGUUAGUCCAAUGGACAUGCAUGACAUGUUAGACUUCUAAAUUCUAAUUAAAAUGUGUCUUAACAAAAAA